AUGUUCACAGACGAGGAACAUCAACGCUAUCACUGGAUCAAAAAGCACAAAGGACGUAUGAACCUCGUCCAAGCAGGCCGGAGCAAGAAGAAUGGUGUACGCGCCGAAAAAUGGAACCGUGGUCUAAAAGAUUGUCCCUGUGAAGACGAGAAUCAGACAAAUACAAAUGGGAUAAAAUACCGACGCGAAUCAUCUGAUUCGAUCUCUUCUGUACCGUCACUCUCAUCUUCCACAUCAUCGGAACCAUCUUCCUCUAUCUCUACGCUUGUGUUGGAUGGAUCGGGUGAACAGUGGAUGCAGAGAUGGAAUAAUGCGUUUCGAGUUCUGGAAAUUAAGCAGUUGAGAAGUCCAAUGUUCUUCCAUAUUGACCCUGGGGAUCGGGAUGGAAUGCUUGCUUAUACACAGGAGAUGGGACGAGAGGAUGAUUUGUGGGAGAUUCCGGGCUGUGUUGGUAAAGAGAUGAGCAAGCAUAAGAAGAAGAAGAGACGGCAAGGUGGGAAGUCACAGUAA